AUGUCGUCCGCUUCUAGGAGCUCGUGGAUGCCAAACCGUGGUCUGAGUAGCAACCGCCUGAGCACCAGACCAAGAGGAUUUUCCAGAGGAGCUGCUGUCGUCAGCCACGAUGAUGCAUACACAUUUGCCCUACGUGUCGCCUACCUCAACUAUCUUCUGCAACCGAGACAGAAGCGAAAGCAAUAUGUGCCCGCACCAAAACCUGCUCAGCGGUCUCACACGAGCGUCACAGAGCUUGUUGGGCAGUUCGUCUCCGGCGGCUCCAACAGCAUCAAGCUCCCGCAUGGCUUCCAAAAACCUCUUGAGAAGAGAAUUAAGAAUGUUCUCACCGGAAAGGAGCCGUUGCAGGGUUUCAAUGAUGCAGCUCUCAAGCGCAGCUUCGCCGAAGCCUACACAGCCUUCACCGAGAAGAACUUUCAAAAGUCUGUCGAGAAGGAUCGCAAGCUGGAGCCAUACGUCCUCAUGUUCUAUUCUUCCGCUACCAAAGCAAACCAAAAGCAUGCCGCGUUAACCUCGGCAGCUGACGAUUCGUGGAAGGAAGUGGCCGACAGACAUAUGGCCAUGUUUAUUCGACUGGUGGCGCAAACCCUGCGCGAUCAGGGGCACGACAGAGACAGACCCGAGUUGAUGAGCCGACUGCACACGUUGGAGAACAAGCUGCUUACUAGGGAUCAGAACCUUUCUAUUGACGCCAGCCAGGACGGUGGCACCACGAUCGAGGUUAUCGUCCCCUUGAGCUACGACGUGAAAGAUAUGCCGCUGGUUCUAACGGUAGCUCGCAUAUUUGGCCGCCUGAACUCUGAAGUCCAGACCGAUAUCGAUGCCAACCGCCAAGUCUGGACUGAGGAAUCUGCCCUGAAGGACGUAAAAGCGUAUCAGCAGCGUCUCGCCUCUGAUGCUCCUGGCGCUCUCAGAAGCGAGGACUUCGACCUCGAAGACGCUUUUCAAGAGUGGAAGGGAUCCGAAGCACCACAUCUGUCACAGAUCAUCCUCGACAUCUUGACAGUCCGACCCGAGCUUGCUAAGACGUCAUCAGGAGCUGAUAAGCCUCUCCCUGGGCGACCCAUGUCCAUGUUUGGCAACCAGCAGGCGUACUCCGAAAUCAGCAAGGCGAUCUCUAGUCCCGAUGGGUCCAUUCUCAACUUCGACAGCUCCCUUGGACUCGGUUCUUUGGGACUCGAAGAUUCCAACGAGAGCUUUGAGGAGGCCGUCUACACGUUUAUUCCCCCAGACGCAAGAGCGUUUUACAAGGCCAUACUGCAGGUGUGCAUGACAUAUGAUCAAUUGCAUGCAGAUCCUGCUGCCGAAUGGACGCCCAUUUCUAAACAGUCGACCGAUCUACUCAUCGAAAUUUGCGUCUACUGGCGCAUCCCACAAUUUUCGAGACUGGUUUGCUUCGUUGAAGCGUCUGCCAAGAAGUUUCUAGACAGAGAGAUUGGUGCGGAUGAGCUAUCUGUCGCCAUGGAAUACGUCAAGUCUUCUUCGCCCGAAGUGAAGAAGCCCCCACAUCUUCAUCAGUACAACCUCGGACUAGCCUCCAUCGACCAGAGUCGCUGGACGAUGCAUGAUUUUGCCAUCUACCAGCAAACAUUGAAUGCGCUCUAUGAUGCUCUCCUACGAGAUCUCUACGAUCUCAUGAUUCGAUGCUACGAGUCCAAGCCGCCACCAAUUGUAUCAGUGAUGAUGCUUCUUGAGGAGCACAUUCUGCAGGAUCCUGCGUUUUCUCCGAAACCAGAACAGACUCGGGAAUUCGCCAACCAUCUUACGGAGGGUUUGAAGCGUGCCGCUACAGAGGUCUAUAAUGCCUUCGUACACGACAAACUCCCCAAUCACGCUUCCGAAUGGGAGUUCACACAUGUUGUCGAACUUGGCCGGGCUGUGACGAAGCUUUCUGACAAGAUCAAGAAGCGGUACAAAAACAUUCCCGACAUCAUGGGCGUUCAACCUUGGCAAGUAUUGGUCGAAGUAAUGUUUCCAAGUUUCGAGCGAGACGCACAGCACAUCAUUGAACGAACCAUUGCCGUUGCGAAGGAGAAGGGUGUGGAAAUCAACAUGCAAGAUGGAUUUGAUCUCUAUAAAGAGCUAGUCUCACUACGACAAACUCACCACGCUGCUCUACCAGACAAGCCGUUCGAGUUUCAGAUUGAGGAGCUCCUUGUGGACUUCGUUUGGAGAUGGGUGCGUAACGCUGAGACUAUGAUGGUUGACUUCGUGGGGAACGCCAUCAACAUAGACGAUUUUGAAGUUCGCAAACGGAGUCCCGACGAUAUUCCCAGCGACGCCGAGCGCCACAGUCUGUCCAUCAUUGACAUGUUCAUGUUCUUCAGGCAAACCACGGAACAGGUCUAUCAGCUCGAGUGGGAUAGUGAUGUUCACCACGCCCGAUUCAUGACUGCCCUUGCCCGUUCUUUUGCAGCUGGAAUUGGGCAGUACUGUGAAGAAGUUGAGAAGAUGUUCGCCAAGGAGAUGGACCGACCGACUGCCCAGGACGAAGCGGCGGCGAACAAGACAACCCAGGAAAUGUUCAAGCAAUAUGCUCAGAUUGCUCGGGAUGCUUGGAACAGCAAGGAAGCGCCCGAGCCUUUCCAGUUCUAUCCGCAGUCAUUUGUCAAGCUUAACAACAUCGAAUACGCCAUGCAGGAGUUGGAUAAACUAGAAAAGAGCAUGAACGUUGACGCAUGCGCUGAUGUUUUGCGGCGGGCGGAAGGUGCUAAGCAGCAAUCAAGACGGCCUAACAAGUAUGUCUUUACAAUCAAGGUCGUCGAAGCCGAAGACCUGAAGGCAUGCGAUCCUGGUGGUUACAGCGAUCCUUACGUGGUGCUUGGAGACGAGUACCAGAAGCGUCUCUACAAGACGCGUAUCGUGUACAGGAACUUGAACCCACGAUGGGACGAAUCGGUCGAUAUCACCGUAUCGGGUCCUCUCAACGUCAUCGCCACCAUUUGGGAUUACGACACCUUUGGUGACCACGACUUUGUUGGCCGUACAUCACUAAAGCUUGACCCUAUCCACUUUAGUGAUUACCUGCCACGAGAAUACUGGUUGGAUUUGGAUACGCAAGGCAGAGUUCUAUUGCGUGUUAGCAUGGAAGGCGAGCGAGACGACAUCCAGUUCUACUUUGGAAAGGCAUUCAGGCAUCUUAAGCGAACGGAACGAGACAUGGUUCGCAAGAUCACGGAUAAGCUCCGAGCUCAGAUCAGCGCCACCAUAUCCCAUGAGACCUUGCGAAGUCUACUAAAGGGUAACGGAAUCGGAUCUUCCGUGACUGCCUUGUGGAAAAAGCGAGCGUCUACGAUGCCCGUUGUCACUACCCAAGCCGACAUCGAGAGCGCCUUGCAACCUCUUUUCCACUACUUUGAUCAGAACUUCGCCAUUAUGAAGGAAACGCUAACGGAUGCCACAAUGUUGGCAGUCAUGACACGCCUCUGGAAGGAAGUCCUCAUGGCGGUUGAGAGCCUUCUGGUACCCCCUCUUUCAGAAAAGCCGUCGUCACAGAGACCGUUGUCACAGAAAGAAUCGGACAUCGUUUAUAGGUGGUUGGAGAUGCUUUUCGACUUUUUCAAUGCCAAGGACGAAAGCGGCGAGCAGCUGGGUGUACCGCAGGAGGUUUUGAGGUCUCCCAAGUGGCAUGAGCUGGCGGCUCUGAAUUUCUUCUAUUUCGAGGAAACACAGAAUCUCAUUCGGGAGUCGGAGCGUAUGGCAGCCGCCAACGCUCAGCGGGCGCAGCAGAUGUUGCUGCAGGAAAAGCAUGAGAACCGAUUAUCCGCCCCGGCGACUUUCGGUCCAACCUUCAGCGGUGGUCCCGGCUCUUUUGCUAGCAUGGGCACGAUCCGUCGCGGCAAGUCAAUCAUGAUGAGUCGAAAUCUGGGAACGAUGCGGCGGGCCAAGGAGGAGAAGCGCAAAGAGGCCCAGGCGGAUCCCAGCGACGAUAUGAUUCUCCGCAUUCUCCGCAUGAGGCCGGAGGCGGCUCCGUACCUUCGCGAAAGACACAGACAAAAGGAGCGACAGGCGGCCGCCGCCGCUGCGGCACUUAUCGUCAAGAACAGCGUAAACCAAGGAUGGAACUCAGGUGGUGCGGGCGCAUACGGCCGUAACAACCUCCCCCGGAGGUGA